GGGCUAGGGAAGUUUGAACUACUCAUGUUUGAGCCGAUCAUAUGCGAUACAUUGCUAUGGCUAGGUAGUGGACCACGUGCUAUUUUUUCACAAGCAGUGAAUGGUCACUGCUAUAUUGAUGGUAUAACACAGUAUCAGCAGUGGGCAGGUUGACUCGGCGGAGCGCUUCGGCAGUUGCAAUAAUAUCGGCAUGUAACGACAAUACUCAAACCAUGACCCAUACGCUUAUCAACAGCAUCACUCCCGAGGUCGCAGUCGCACAUCACGAUUCAUUCUCUUCUCAACACUCACGAGAUACGGACUACGACCGACAAUCCACGAUGCUUUGGGUUACUUUUCUCGCCCUGACUGCACUCACCCAGGCAUCUCCUUUUUCGGAUGCACCAGCAUGGCUCAGCAGCAAAUUGAGCAAGAGACAAGGUGGCACGACCAUGUUGAGAUUUGGAUGCGCGCAAGUCGUCAUUGACCGCCUGGAUCCCCUGGUCAACCCCGGCCAGGCCCCUUCUCCCCAUCAGCAUCAGAUCGUCGGAGGAAAUGGCUUCAACAUGACAAUGACUACUGGCGAUGUUUCCAAGACUGCUUCCUGCACGACAUGCGCCUUCUCCAAAGACCUCAGCAACUACUGGACAGCCAACAUGUACUUCAAGUCGCCAAAGAACGGCACGUAUAAGCGCGUGAGGCAACUAGGUGCCGCACGACAAUUCAAUGAUGACUUCAGCACCAAGAUUGACGGCGGUAUUCUUUUAUACUACGUCUCAGCUCAGCCGGGCAAGGUCAAAGCCUUUCCUCAAGGUUUCCGUAUGCUAGUGGGUGAUCCGACGAACCGUAAAGUCGAUCCCAAGAUGAAGAUGCAAAAUUGUUUCCGCUGCUACACUGGACCCAACUUUGGGGGAGACAAUGCCGCGCCAUGCGCAGAUAACAAACUCGACACUCAACAGAUGCCUACUGCCCCUUGCAAGGGUGGCAUUCGUUCGAACAUUAUUUUCCCCACCUGCUGGGAUGGUAAAAACCUCGACAGCCCAGACCACAAAUCACACGUUGCCUAUCCCACGUCCGGUCCUGCCAACUUUCUCAGCCUGGGUGGUUCUUGCCCCUCGACGCAUCCUGUUCGCAUCCCACAGCUCAUGUACGAAGUCGUAUGGGACACGACACCAUUCAACAGCGAGUGGAAGUCUGGCGACCCUAACCCGUUCUACCUCAGCUACGGCGACAACACAGGACUCGGCCAGCAUGCCGAUUAUGUGUUUGGAUGGCAAGACGACGAGCUGCAGAAGGGUAUGGAUGCUACUAACUGCAUGGGCGCCAAGUGCAAGGACUUGAAAAACCAGGUCAUUGACACUGCUAAGCAAUGUAAUGUCAAGCGGGUUGUCCAAGACGAUCUUGACAAAUGGCACGGGGAUAUUCCUCUGGUCUAG